AUGUCUGCCCUCCGUCUGGCUGCGCGCCGUCUCCCUCGCGUCUCCAAGUUUGUCCCUGCCCUUGAAUCACCGGUGCAGCGCCGAUUGGCCACAUCCAGUGCCCAGGAUGUGAAAGCCAAGAAGGAGGCAGCUGUGCCCAACCCUGAUCCUUCGGCCGACUCAAUCACAACGUCCUUUGUCAAUGAGCGGGCUCCGUUCAUGGUUUCGACCUAUGUUCGCCCAGCUCCUAUGAUGAUGAAGGGACAAGGUUGCUACUUGUGGGAUAUGGAGAACCGUCGCUACUUGGAUCUGACCGCUGGAAUUGCGGUCAACUCUCUCGGCCACUGUGACCCCGAGAUCGCGAAGAUCAUCGCAGAGCAGGCCGAGACCCUUCUCCACGCCUCCAACCUGUACCACAACCCUUGGACCGGUGCCUUGAGCCAGCUCUUGAUUGAGUUGACUAAGAAGUCCGGUGCUAUGCGCGAUGCCUCGCAGGUGUUCAUCUGUAACUCUGGAACCGAGGCCAACGAGGCCGCCAUCAAGUUCGCUCGCAAGGUUGGCCGUACUCUGAACCCCUCGGGUGAGAAGCACGAGUUUGUCUCCUUCAACAACUCUUUCCAUGGCCGCACGAUGGGUGCCCUCUCGGCCACGCCCAACCCCAAGUACCAGACUCCCUUCUCGCCCAUGAUCCCGGGAUUCAAGUAUGGAGACUUCAAUCAAAUUGAGCAACUCCAGACCCUCAUCACUGACAAGACAUGUGGUGUCAUCGUCGAGCCCAUUCAAGGUGAGGGCGGUGUUCACAUUGCUACCCCCGAAUUCCUGGCUGCUCUCCGCAAGCGCUGUGACGAGACCGGUGCCGUUCUGAUCUACGAUGAGAUCCAAUGCGGUCUCUCUCGCACUGGCUCCUUCUGGGCGCACGCACACCCCUCCCUCGCCCCUGCUUCUGGCGAGGCUGCCCACCCCGAUAUCCUGACCACCGCCAAGGCCCUGGGUAACGGUAUUCCCAUUGGCGCCACCAUUGUUUCCGGCCAGUCUGUUGGCCAACACAUCAAGACCGGCGACCACGGCACCACCUUCGGCGGUAACCCCAUGGCUUGCCGCGUGGCCCACCACAUCGUCGAGCGUCUCGCGGAUCCUGAGCUCCAGCAGUCUGUCAAGGAGAAGUCUGAUGUCUUCGUGGCUGGAUUCCAGGCUCUGCAGAAGAAGUUCCCCAGCGCGCUCUCUGAGAUCCGCGGUCGUGGUUUGAUCCUGGGUCUUCAGCUUGCGCCGGAGUACACUGCCAAGGCCGGUGACAUUAUCACCGCUGCCCGUGAGCGUGGUAUGCUGAUCAUCACUGCUGGCGAUGGCUGUCUUCGUUUCGUUCCCGCGUUGACCAUUACUAACGACCAAAUCCAAACCGGUCUCCGUAUUUUGGAGCAAGCUAUCGAGUCUGUGGUCAAGGCAUGA